CAGCAAGUCGCGCCGCUCUUUUAGUCACAAGAAUGGCCACGUCUGGGGCCGCAGACGGAGAUGCCACUCAGCAUGACAGGGACGUCAAAUUCUGAGAACCAGCAGUUGUGACCACGUGGAGGUGAAAGUAUCGGGCAUUUAAGAGUUACAUUCUCGUCGCUCCGGGUUGCUCUUUCAGGCACACCAGGCAUCCAGUUAUGCGUACACCUCGGGGCGAGAAUUGUACCCUUUUUUGGUUUUAUUUUUAGGGAUUGAGUUCUGUGUACCGCUCGAGAUCGCGGCGAUCGGUUGUUGGAUUAGACUCCGGCCCGGCACUUCUAAGUUCUCACUUUUCGAAGUCUCGUACCUGUUACGACGAACUCCAAGCCAAGAUCCAAUCAUCUAAAUUUCCAACAUGGCGGAAGCGGCGUCCUCUUCGCCCACUCCCGGGCUUGAUUGGACGGUAGCCCUACAAUUCAAUGGAAGCACUGCUCACCUACGAACUCUCCAAGCGGCCGUGGCCGGGGGUACGCAGUCCCACUGGUCCUUGGACUUCGAGGCCGUUCUUGUCGAUGAUGCCACUACUGCAGCAGCCUCCACCACGAAGCUCAUCCAUCUGGACGUGAAAGACCUCGAAGAUGCCCACUCCACGCUCCUCACCACCAACCUGUUCGACGCCCUCGCGCACGGCAAAGAUGCCAGUGGCAACCGCUCCACCAUGCUGAGGCUGCUCUUCCCAGCCCACUCCGGCACCCCAGCGCGGUCCGAUGUCCUGGAAUACCGCCUCCGCGGCUCCUCCAUCGUCCACACCGUCCGCAGUUUCCUCCAGCCCCUCACCCCGGUCACCGCCACCACCCCAACCUCCGCCCACGGCAUCACCACCCCGCAGACCCUCCUCCACCUCCUCUCCACCGCCAUGGGCGGCAUCGUCGCCCAAUCCCGCGUCCUCAACACUACCACCCUCACCGACAUGCUCACCACUGACCUCACCUACCGCCUCUCCCUCCCCUACCUUCUCCCCACCCAACCCCACCAGAAAGAAAAGAAACGCAUCUUCUGGAUCCAAGGCCGCGCCAACAUAACCGCCUCCCACCAAUUCUACGCCGCCGCGCGCGCCCUCGGCCUCACCCUCGUCGUCGCCGACGCCCCGGGCCACUGGAUGCAGCCCGACGACGGCCCGCACGCCCACUUCCGCGAGGCGUUUGUGCCGCUGGACAUUGCGGGCGACGCCGGGCUGGCGGACCGGAUUGUGGCGGCGGUGCGGGCGUAUCCCGAGAAGGUGGAUGGGGUGGUGUGUAUUAGUGAUGUGCGGUUGCCGGCGGUGGCAAGGGCGUGUGAGGUGUUGGGAUUGCCGACGGAACAGGCGGGGGCGUACGUGGUGGCGGGGGAUAAAGGGCGGACGAGGAGGGCGGAGAUUGAGGCUAAGGCUGCGGUGGGGAAUGAGGGGGAUGCGGAGGAGGGGUUUGUGUUGGGGGAGGCGGGGGAGUUGGAGGGGGUGUUGAAGGAGAGGGGCGGGAGGGAGUUGGUGUUUCCGCUGAUUGUGAAGCCGUGUACGGGGUGGAACAGUGAUUGCGUGGUGAAGGUGCGGGAUUUGGAGGAGUUGCGCGCGGCCGUGCGCAGGGCCUCGGCGAGGCAUAAGGACUCGCCCGCCAAGAAUACGGGUGUGGUGGUUGAGCCGUAUGUGGACGGGCCCGAGGUGGAUGCCAACUUCGUGUUGCUGGACGGGGAGGUCUUGUUCUGCGAUGUCACGGACGACUUUCCGUGCUCGGGCGAUCUGGUCGAGGGCAGCCCGGCGGCCAACUUCAUGGAGACGCUGAUGGAUGUCCCGACGGCCCUGCCUCAGAACGAACAGGUCAUGGUGGUCGAGUCCCUCCGGCAGAGCAUCAAGCGGUGCGGGUUUGCCUCGGGCAUCUUCCACUGCGAGGCUCGCGUCCGGAACUCCAACGGGUACUACACGCCGAGACUGGACAACGGAAUACUGGACCUGCACGUCCGGAGCGGAAGCGUGGAAAAGUCACCGUCGUGUUACCUGCACGAGGUAAACGCACGCCCCCCGGGGUACAUCAACUGCGUCGCCGCGCUGCUGGCCUACGGAGUGGACUACUACGCGAUCCGGUUGCUCCUCGCACUCGGCCCUGGCGAGAACGACAGGAUCAAGGCCUUGGCGCAGCCGUUCCUCGGCGGCAAGCCGCAGUACACGCUCGGCAUCGCGGUGCUUCCCCCAACGCGGGAGGGAGUCAUGGGCUCCGAGGAUGCGGUUGGGGAAUUUCUCGAGGCCAACCCGGAUCUCCGGCAGCAUGUGGUGUUUCAUCAGACCGUCAAGGAGCGGGGCGAGGUGGUCCAGGGCCCCGAUUCGAGCGAACUGUGGUGUGUGGGUUAUGUCAUUGUUGCAUCUCGCGAAGGCCGGAAGGCGUGCUUGGAGCUGGCCCAGAGCGUUCGGGAGAGAUUCGAUUACAAACUCCUGGAUGAAUGAUGGUUGGAACUUGGAACUUUGGACUUAGCA